AUGCCUGGCUACGACGAACCUCCGAGGGACGGCAGGGAGGCAGCCGAAAGGCUUCGAGCUACGGUCAAGAGCGGCAAACCCAUCAUCGGGUCUGGCGCCGGGAUCGGCCUGACGGCCAAAUUCGUAGAGAAGGGCGGAGCGGACUUGAUCAUCCUCUACAACUCUGGCAGAUAUCGCAUGGCAGGCCGAGGCUCGCUAGCCGGGCUGAUGCCGUACGGUGAUGCUAACGCCAUUGUGGUUGAGAUGGCAGCCGAGGUUCUUCCGGUCAUCACACACACCCCUGUUUUGGCUGGUGUGUGUGCUUCGGACCCUUUCCGAUCGAUGCCCAAGUUCCUACGCCAACUCAAGGAUAUUGGCUUUGUCGGCGUGCAGAACUUUCCCACCGUCGGCUUGAUCGAUGGCAACUUCCGACAGAACCUCGAAGAGACUGGAAUGGGCUACGACAACGAAGUUGAGCUGAUGAAGCAGGCAAAGCAAAUGGGGCUCCUCACCACGCCCUACGUCUUCAACCCGGAAGAGGCCGAAAAGAUGGCCACCGUCGGAGUCGAUGUCUGUGUGGCACAUAUGGGACUCACCACGAGCGGCAGUAUCGGAGCUCAAACCGCCAUGAGCUUGGACGAUGCUGUCAAGCUAACUUCCGAAAUGACGGCCAAGGUUCACUCGAUCUCGCCAGAAACCAUGGUCCUCGUCCACGGCGGUCCUGUCGCCUCGGCUUCCGACGCACAAUACGUGCUCGAUCGUGUCCCCGGUCUGGCCGGCUUCUAUGGCGCUUCCAGCAUGGAGCGUCUCCCCGUCGAAGUCGCCUUGCAGGACAGCAUGAAGGAGUUCAAGAGCCUCAAGGUGUCUUCUCAAAAGUAG